AUGAAAAAGAUUUUUAGUAAAAAGAAAAUCUUUAUUUUAGAACAAAGUCAAACAAAAAAGAAUAAAUAUCAACAAUCUGCAAUUACUGUUGCUGGAGGAAAUGGAUGUGGACAGGAAUUAAAUCACCUCAAUCAUCCUUUUGGGAUCUUUGUUGAUAAUGAUAAAUCAGUUUAUAUUGCUGAUUUUUCGAAUCAUCGUAUUGUUAAAUGGAAAUCGAAUUCAAAUACUGGUCAAAUCAUUGCAGGUGGAAAUGGAAAAGGAAAUCAAAAUAAUCAAUUGAGUCGGCCAACAGAUAUAGUUUUUGAUAAAGAAAACAACUCUUUUAUUAUUUCUGAUUAUGGAAACAACCGAGUAAUUCGAUAUUUUGAUCAAAAUCAAACAAAUCAACAAGUUAUUAUUUCAAAUACUGAUUGUUGGGGUCUGACAAUCGAUAAAAAUGGAUUUAUUUAUACUUCUGAUCGUGCGAAUCAUGAAGUAAGACGAUGGAAACAAGGAGAUGAACAAGGUGAAUUAGUUGCAGGUGGGAAUGGUAAAGGAAAUCAUCUUAAUCAACUGAGCGUUCCUACUUUUAUCUUUAUUGAUGAAGAUUAUUCUCUUUAUAUAUCAGAUUCAAACAAUAAUCGUGUAAUGAAAUGGAAAAAAGAUGCAAAAGAAGGAACUAUUGUUGCUGGUGGAAAUGGUGAAGGAAAUAGUCUCAAACAAUUGUAUCAUCCUGCAGGAGUGAUUGUUAAUCAUUUGGGCCAAAUCUAUGUGGCAGAUUCUCGGAAUCAUCGAAUAAUGCGUUGGUGUGAAGGAGAUGCAGAAGGUGACAUUGUUGUUGGUGGAAAUGGUAAAGGAAACCAAUCAAAUCAAUUGACUCUACCCAGUGAUUUAUCAUUUGAUAAUGAAGAAAAUCUUUAUGUUGUUGAUUAUGGAAAUCAUCGAAUCCAAAAAUAUGAAAAAAUUUGA